AUGGGGCUCACCGGCCGCCGUCGAGCGGGCUCAGCUACCAGCAGCAGAUCUUCCCUCGACGGAGACGCUGACAGCGAUACCACGGUCGUCGAGCCCGAUCAGGGAAAUGUCCUGGGCCACAUCAUCUCGCAACUGCGGCCCGGCGCCGACCUCAGCCGGGUCGUCUUGCCCACCUUCAUUCUCGAGCCGAGGAGUAUGCUGGAAAGGAUAACCAAGUGUGUCCCGACACCCCCGGAUAUCUCGGCAAGGUCGCCGGCUAACCUGCUCGAUAGCUUCAUGUGCCAUCCCGAAAUGCUACUCCCGAUCCCCCAAAUUGAAGACCCCGUAGAGCGCUUUGCUGCCGUUGUCAAAUUCUACCUUAGCGGCUGGCACAUCAGACCUCCAGGCGUCAAGAAGCCGCUGAACCCGAUUCUUGGCGAGGUCUUCACUUGCUACUGGGAUCUGGCCGACAAGACGAGAGCCUACUACGUAUCCGAGCAGACGUCACACCACCCGCCAAAGUCCAGCUACUUCUACCUCGUUCCCGAGCAUCAUAUUAGAGUAGACGGCACGCUCAAGCCACGGAGCAAGUUCCUCGGUAACUCGGCAGCCAGUCUGAUGGAGGGCACCGCUGUCCUGACCUUCCUCAACCGGGGCAAGGAUCCCAAGAAGGGCGAGAAAUACCACCUGACCCAACCAAACAUGUAUGCGCGCGGCAUUCUCUUCGGAAAAAUGAAGUACGAGCUGGGCGACCACAGUGUUGUGCGCUGCCCCGAGCUCGGACUUGUGGCGGACAUUGAAUUCAAGACCAAGGGCUGGGUGAGCGGCACUUACAACGCUAUCGGCGGGACUAUUCGGAACGAACACACUGGAGAAUCAUUAUACGAGUUGUCUGGGCUCUGGAGCGAAGAGAUGUUUAUGAGGGAUCUAAGGACCGGGCACAAGGAGAUGUUCUUCAACGGCGCCAAAGCCAAGCCGUCAAAACCCCUUGUACGACCCCUGGAGGAACAAGACGAGCGCGAGUCGCAAAAGUUAUGGCGCAACACGGCACAAGCUGUCAAGGAGAAAAAUCACGAGGUCGCUACCGACGAGAAGACCAAGAUCGAAGACAUGCAACGCGAAGAGGCAGCCAAACGUGCUGCGGAGAACGUUGAGUGGCAUCCCCGGUUGUUCCGGGCAGUAAGAGGGGGUCCAGGUGGCGAGGAAGAAGGCGAGGAGGAAUUAGAGUGGAUAAUCAACGCGCACAUCGAUGGCGACACACCGGAGAAGCUGGCCGAGCAAGUUAUGGCCAUUUACCCCAUCAUCCCUGGCCAGAAACCGUCGGACCGCAACUUCAUUCCCCCACACGCGUCUGCAGGCAACCCGGCGACGGCGGGCAAGCCUGCCGCCGCGGAUGCGCCCGCCGACCUGAUAGACUUCAGUCAUGGCGACCAGCCUGCAGCGCCUGUCCCUGCCGAAAACCCGGCGGUAGCUGCCGCGGCCAAGACGGAACCUUCCAAGGACUCGACCGAGAUCCGGCAUAUGCUUGGAACCACGGGCCAAAAGGCUCCAGAUGGGCCUUUGAUCGACUUCACGGCCGACAUGAAGAAAGAUCUGCCGAAGACGCAACCAGCCGAGUUGAAGAGGAGCGAGACGGAGGAGAGCAACGAUGUGUUCUUCGACGUCGAAUCAUGA